GCAAGUACCAGGGAUAAUAGCAUGGAUGCCCCCCGUGAUUUACAAAAGAAGCGCCAAAACCCCCUCUACUUGCCAAAGUUAUUUGUAAACCCCUGUGUUGGAGUGUUGGGAACCAAGCAUUUUUUAAAAUACGGAGUAAUAGAAUAAGCCCAAUUCAUGGAGCACCCAAAGAUAACAAACCCUUCUUUGGGCUGAACUGAUCUGCGCAUUGUCCAUCUUUAACCAGCCCAAUGCAUUGUCCAACUUUAACCAGCCCAAUAACCCGCUCAACCCAAUCUCGUACCGUCCCACGUACGGACAAACAAGAAUAUGAAUAUUUCGAAAAUGAUCUGAAUGAACUUCAUGUAAACGCUGUGAUUAAAGUCACAUGAUCAACCGGCAACCUCAAUCCCACAAUUCCUCCUUAUCCGACCCGCCCAUGCGAUUUAGGUCAGCUGUUUCCUUUUCUUUGCUGUUGUUCAUUGAUGCUUUGAAUCCUCUUUCAUUAUUGGCCAUUUCUGUCUUAGCUCCUCCAUUUUUCUUGAAUGUAUUGUGCCCAAUUUUGCCCAAUUUUUUUAUAGGGUUAGUGAUUUUUUCGUAAUUUUGUAGCAAAAUUUCCCCUUUUUGAAGCUGGAUUGGAGUUUUUUUUAAAUCCUGAGUCUGUAAUUCAUUUUACUGCAAGUUAUUUGUUGUGGAGAUGGGGGAGAAGUUGUGGGUAAGUGAAGAGGACAGGAGUUUGGUUGAAGGGGUCUUGGGGCGGCAGGCGGUGGAUUUCUUCAACUGGUCGGCUUCCCACAACCUGCUGUCCGAUUUCGUGGCGCCGUGUGGUGGGAAUUUGACGGUUCGGCAGAAUCUGUGCAAGAUUGUGGAGGAUUUCGACUGGGCUUACGCCAUCUAUUGGCAAGUCGCCAAGUCGAAAUCGGGCAAAUCGGCCUUGAUUUGGGGCGACGGGCAUUGUUCUUCCGAGGACCGAAACCUGCCUGAGGGAGAAGACAGCAAGAAGAAACAUGUUCUUCAGAUGAUCCGCGCGUGUUUCGGUCGUGAAGAAUCUAGUCGUGUUUUUGAGACCAAGUUGUUGGGUUCUUCUUCCUCUGUUGUCUCUGAUAUUGGAAUGUUCUAUCUCGCGUCGAUGUAUUACGCGUUCCCCUUUGAUGUCCCUUCCACUCCUUCGCAGUCGUUCAAUUCCAGUAGAACAAUUUGGGCUUCCGACUCAAAAACCUCUCUCCAAUACUACCAAUCAAGAUCUCAUCUUGCGAAAUCAGCCCGUUUCGAGACCUUAGUGUUCAUUCCACUAAAAUCCGGUGUCCUAGAGCUCGGUUCCACAAGACGUGUUCUUGAAGACCAUAAUGUGGUUAAGAUGGUUCAGAGAACAUUGGCUGUAGUGUCUACUAAUGUGGCAGAUAAUUUACCUACUAAUAGUGUCCCAAGAAUAUUUGGGCAAGAACUUGUUAGUCUUGGCACAUCAUUUUCCUCCCCUAAGGUGGAACCGGAAUCCGGGUAUCCUUCCGACACCUUAAAAGCAACAAUAAAUGAAGAGGUGGAUGAAAAACCGGUUCAACCGAGGAAGAGGGGGAGGAAACCGGCUAACGGAAGAGAAGAGCCGCUAAACCACGUGGAGGCCGAGAGGCAGAGGCGCGAGAAGCUCAACCAGAGGUUUUACGCGUUAAGGGCAGUUGUCCCAAACAUAUCGAAGAUGGACAAAGCGUCUCUGCUGGGUGAUGCGAUCGCUUACAUCACCGACCUCCAGGCGAGGGUGCGGGCGAUGGAAUUUGAGAGGGACAUGAUGAAGGUCGUUCCCAAUGUUGACGUGCAUCAGCGGGCGGAGGACGCGGUUGUAAGGGUAGUGUGCCCUUUGGAAGGGCACCCGGUUUCGCGGGUGGUGAGGGCGUUUAGGGAACAUAACGUUGAGGCGCAAGAGUCUAACGUGACGAUAACGGAGGAAGGGGAAGUGAUCCACACAUUCUCUGUUCAAACACAAGGUGGUGAUGAUUCUUCUGCUGAAGAUUUGAAGGAGAAACUGGCUGCUGCUGUACUAGCCAAGUGAUGUAUGUUGAAGUGUGUAGAGUCAAUGGGGUGGCGUUCUUUCCACUCAAGCCAAGAGAGAAACUCUUUCAAGAAGAAGCUGAUAUCAAAAAUUUAUACAUGAUUGUAUUGCCCUUUUUUCCAUUAGAUUGAGUUAGUCUUUUUAACACUUUCUUUCCAAUGUAGGUACAAAAAUGGGGUUUGAAAAUAAGAUUUAUAGGGUGUUUGAAAAUAAUCUUUGGGGGUGGUAUUUCCGUUUAUGUUUUUUUUUUGUUUCUUUGAAAAGAAGUGGAGUAUACUCAAGAACAUUUUGGAUUGAAAUUAUGUUUGAAAAACAUAGACAACUUGUUUGUUCCAAAGAUAUUUAUAUUUUCUUACAAGCCCGUUCACGUGACUUUGAACUCAAUGUCAUAGGAUGACAUUAGUUUUCUAUGAGCCUCUGUUGGUAAAAUUG